CACACACACACACACACACACACGCACACACACGCACACACACGCACACACACACACACACACACACACACACACACACACACACACACACACACACACACACACACACACACACACACACACACACACACACACACACACACACACAGAGAGAGAGAGAGAGAGAGAGAGAGAGAGAGAGAGAGAGGUCGCGACUCGCGAGACGGUGAAUACGAUAUUUCCAAAAAUCCAAUUUCACUGUGUCUCAGCGAAAGUCUUCACGUGCACACUGAAACAUCCGGAGUUUGUUAUUCGUGGGUGUCGUGAGUAGUCGAUAUACUCAGGAGCAAGUUCCGAAGCGAACAUGUACAAAUAUGUACAGUAUGGAUUUUAGGAGUACGAAGUUUGGCAGGUUCAUGAACAACCGGGUGCCAUCUAGCAAGAGAUAUCAGCCAACUGAGUACGAGCAUGCGGCCAACUGUGCCACUCAUGGAUUCUGGAUAAUUCCCAGCAUCCUGGGGAGUUCGGUGUUGUACUUCCUAUCUGAUGAACAGUGGGAGACCAUCUCUGCAUGGAUGUAUGGUACAGGUCUGUCUGGGCUCUUCAUCAUGUCCACCAUGUUCCAUACUGUGUCCUGGAAGAAAAGUCACCUCAGGAAGGUGGAGGAGCGAUUCCACAUGUGUGAUAGGAUGGUGAUCUAUUUCUUCAUAGCUGCAUCAUAUGCGCCCUGGCUGAACCUGAGGGAGCUAGGACCCUGGGCUGUUCACAUGCGCUGGUUGGUGUGGAUUAUGGCCUGCGCUGGUUCCGGCUAUGUCUUCUUCUUUCAUGAAAAGAAUAAGAUACUAGACUUACUGUGCUACACUGCCAUGGGAGCUGUGCCUGCUGUUGUUCUUCUGUCAAUGCCUAACAGAGAGGGCAUAUUAGAGCUGUCAGUGGGCGGAGUCUUCUACAGCCUGGGAAUUGUCUUCUUCAAGAGUGAUGGUCUCAUCCCAUUUGCUCAUGCCAUCUGGCACGUCUUUGUGGCAGUGGGGGCUGGCAUUCACUAUUACGCCAUCUGGAGGUACUUGUAUGCAACGAGCACCAGCCAAAUCCAAAUAUCCAGGUGACGGAUCUAGA